UUGAUUGAAACAAAUCGCUACCGUUGAAUCUCGUCGGUUUCCAAGUUAUAAGAUAGGGGUUGAAGACUAAUCGCAGUAUCAUCCGCGGUUCACUUCCUUCGUUUCGAAAUUAUUAGGGUUACUGCGUAUUUGCACUCUCCUUCUUCGUCUCUCCAGCUUGACAAUGCCUCGCUAUGAUGAUCGCUAUGGAAACACUCGCCUCUAUGUUGGUCGCUUAUCAUCUAGAACUCGUACCAGAGACCUUGAGCGUCUCUUUAGCAGAUACGGAAGGUAAAGAGUCAUAUUCCUUUGUCUUGACUGACCUAAUUUGACUUUUGUAUUCUUGGGGAGAUAAGUGUUUGGAUUUUUUGUUAAUUGUUCUUUGGUGUGAAUCUGGAAUGAUUCCUCUUUGAUGUUGUGCAGGGGAUAUAUACCUAAAGUUUAACAUUAGAAUCAAAGAGGGUAGUUUUUACUUAUAACGUUGCAUUGGUACAUGUGGGAAAAUUGUGGAGCUAGGUUUAGUGGAUUUUUUUUUCUUUAACUUGAAUGAUCUUGUUGAAGGUUUCUGGGGGUUUGCCUAACCUGGAGAUGUUUGAUGAAUGGGUGGACUGUGGUGUAAUUGGUGGAAAUUCUCGUCUGGUGUAUAGAGGGUGCAUCGGCGAUUUUGUUUGUUGAUUUAUUGCAUGUUUUUAUUGGAAAUGGCCUCAAAUCUCAAAAACUGGUGUUUGGAAGUUCCUUAAGUAAUGAUGGCCUUGAUUUUCUGGCAACAAUUUACGCAGAGUACGAGAUGUGGAUAUGAAGCGUGAUUAUGCCUUUGUUGAAUUUAGUGAUCCUCGUGAUGCUGAUGACGCAAGAUAUUACUUGGAUGGACGGGAUUUCGAUGGAAGUCGCAUCACUGUGGAGGCAUCAAGAGGGGCUCCUCGUGGUUCGCGGGACAAUGGUAGCAGAGGCCCACCUCCUGGUUCUGGUCGCUGUUUUAAUUGUGGUGUCGAUGGCCACUGGGCCCGAGACUGCACAGCAGGAGACUGGAAGAAUAAAUGUUACCGCUGUGGUGAAAGAGGACACAUUGAGAGAAACUGCAAAAACAGUCCUAGUCCAAAGAAGGCCAGGCAGGGUGGAAGCUAUUCCAGGUCACCAGUCAAAUCCCGCUCCCCUCGUCGCCGAAGGAGCCCAAGCCGUAGCCGUAGUUACAGUCGAGGUCGCAGCUACAGUCGAUCGCGAUCCCCAGUGAGAAGAGAGAAAAGCGUGGAGGACAGAUCACGCAGUCCUAAGGCAAUGGAGCGAUCUGUAUCUCCCAAAGGUAGGGACCAAAGCCUGAGUCCAGACCGAAAAGUGAUAGAUGCAAGCCCAAAGCGUGGAUCAGACUAUGAUGGUAGCCCAAAAGAGAAUGGUAAUGGCAGGAACUCUGCGAGUCCCAUUGUUGGAGGUGGUGAAAGUCCUGUUGGACUUAAUGGUCAAGACAGGAGCCCGAUUGAUGAUGAGGCUGAGCUUAGCCGUCCUUCCCCUAAAGGCAGUGAGUCACCUUGAUGGUUCACAGGUUAAAAGCUCUAUGUAGCAUUCUGUACUGAAGGAUGUUGUUUCCUUUCCCUUUCUUUCUGCGUGAUACUUUUCUUUUCGUUGCGUGACAAUCCUGGAUGUUACUUUGCCUUCUCUCUUGAUGACUCUUGGUUUGUUUUCCGACAACUUUCAAACUCUGCGAUGUUACUUUUCAUUGUUUAGUAAGAAUCAUGCAUUUAUGAAAUUCUCGCUUGUGGAUCGUUUAGUAAAGAAUAAAGCACCUCGUAAUGUCUUUUUUGGCAAAAAAAAAAUUUGGUAAGUAAAGGAAAAAGGAUUUAACUAUCGCA